CUCGAGCGCACAGUGCGCGUACAGCAGGCGCGACAGACAGCAGCGCGCCUCGCACCUCCAAAACAAAAAAAAAUGGGACUUGAAAAAGAAAAAUCGGAGACCAGUGUCAUUAUGGAUGAGGAUGAAUUCAAUAGAUCGAUUGAACCUAUACUUGCAAAAAAAACGAAAGUGUAUUCAGAGGUCCCGGACAGAGAUCCUAAAGAUAUUAACUCGCACUUAAAGGUUGGUUUUGAAGACAUCAUUGCUGAGCCGAUCUCCACGCACAGCUUUGACAAAGUGUGGAUCAGCAGUCAUGCUGUGUUCGAGCUGGUGAAAUACGUCUUCUACCGGAUCCUCACCAUGUUUCUGGCUAUUCCCUUGGCAUUUAUUGCGGGGAUUGUUUUCGGGAUCCUCAGCUGUAUACAUAUUUGGUUGGUGAUGCCAAUGAUCCAUGGCUGCAUGAUGACACUCCCCUCCAUCCAAGUGAUCUGGACCAGCUUGAUGGACAUGUUUAUAGGGCCUUUCUUCUUCAGCAUUGGACGGUGCUUGUCAUCCAUCAAUAUCAAGACUGUGCAAAACUGAGCAAGUCUGUCCAAAUCUAACUCCGCAUAGAAGUGUUGCAGAAUCUUUCUGUCGUGUUCUUCUGGCCUCCUUUUUGAGGGUUAUUAGCUGAAGGAUAAGUUUUCCUUGACUUCUGAAGGAAAGAGAAGAGAAAGAGCUUUUCUUUAAUUUCAGUAGACAAUUGAAAUAUUCAUUCCGUUUUUUUAGCCACUGACAUGUCCUCCUCGUAA